CCGCGAGUCUGCGCAUAACGCCAGUGUAAUGCGCGUUUCGUUUCUUACCCAGUUAGUGCUGUUUGGUGUUUUAACUGUUUAAGUUGUUUUGGUACUGUUGUAAUUAUUAUUUUGAAGCGAAGGGGCAUAACCAUCCGUUAAGAUGCCGAGGAUUAUGAUAAAAGGGGGCGUUUGGCGCAAUACGGAGGAUGAGAUCCUCAAGGCCGCUGUGAUGAAAUAUGGUAAAAACCAGUGGUCUCGUAUUGCGUCACUGCUUCACCGAAAGUCGGCCAAACAGUGCAAGGCCCGAUGGUACGAGUGGCUGGACCCGAGCAUCAAAAAAACAGAGUGGUCCAGAGAGGAGGAGGAAAAGCUCCUUCAUCUGGCAAAGCUGAUGCCCACUCAGUGGCGGACCAUCGCGCCCAUCAUCGGACGCACUGCUGCACAGUGUCUGGAGCACUAUGAAUACCUGCUAGACAAGGCAGCACAAAGAGAUAAUGAAGAAGAAGUGGGAGACGACCCCAGGAAGUUAAAACCUGGAGAGAUUGACCCUAAUCCUGAAACUAAACCUGCCAGACCAGACCCUGUGGACAUGGAUGAAGAUGAGUUGGAGAUGCUGUCGGAGGCAAGAGCUCGACUAGCAAACACACAGGGCAAGAAGGCCAAAAGGAAGGCCAGAGAGAAGCAGCUGGAAGAAGCCAGACGUUUGGCCGCUCUACAGAAGCGCAGGGAGCUGAGAGCAGCAGGUAUUGACGUUCAGAAGAAGAGAAAGAAGAAGAGGGGAGUGGAUUACAAUGCCGAAAUCCCCUUUGAGAAGAAACCUGCACCGGGUUUCUAUGACACCAGCAUGGAGCAGUACGAUGCUCUUGAGCCACACUUCAAACGACUCAGACAACAGCAUCUGGAUGGAGAAUUACGCAAUGAGCGUGAAGAGAGGGAGAGGAAGAAGGAUAAACAGAAGAUGAAAAAAAAGAAGGAGAGCAACCUACCGUCUGCCAUCCUUCAGACCAGCGGAGUGGCCGAGUUCACCAAGAAACGUUCUAAGCUGGUUUUACCUGCACCACAGAUCAGUGACGCUGAGCUGGAAGAUGUCGUCAAACUGGGUGUGGCCAGCGAGGUCGCUCGUCAAGCUGCAGAGGAAAGUGAAAGCACUAACUCCGCCUCUUCCACCCUUCUGUCAGAGUACAGCAUCACCAACACCAUGGCAACGGGGCUACGUACCCCCCGCACACCCGCUGCUCAGGACAGGAUCCUGCAGGAAGCCCAAAACCUAAUGGCUCUGACCAACAUCGACACGCCUCUAAAGGGAGGUCUGAACACGCCGCUGCACGAGAGCGACUUUAGCGGCGUGACGCCUCAGCAGCAGCAGAUCCAAACGCCCAACACUGUGCUUGGCACGCCCUUCAGAACCCCUGGUCCAGGUCAAGGGUCAGACGGAAUGACCCCACAUUCAGGAGGGGGAUUGACGCCACGCGUGAGUGGUACACCAGGACUGACCCCCGGCCGCACGCCGCUGAGAGACAAACUGAAUAUUAACACUGAGGAGCAGCUGAGUGACCCCGCGUACGCAAAACACAUGCAAAGGGAAAGCCUGCAGCAGCUGAGGCAGGGUCUGAUGUCACUUCCUGUUCCCAAAAACGACUUUGAGAUCGUCCUUCCUGAAAACGUGGAGAAAGAACUUGAACCAACAGAGACCGAAACCGAAUUCAUAGAGGACUCGUCGGAGGUGGACGCACGCAAGAAGGCUCAGCGGGACGCAGAACGAGAGAAGGAGCUGAAACUACGACACACCGCUGUCCGGAGGGACCUGCCCCGACCCACUGAGGUGAACGAAUCCGUCCUCCGUCCCGCCUCCAUGGAGCCGCUGGCUGACCUCCAGGUGGCCGAGGAGAUGGUCAAACAGGAAAUAAUCACCAUGCUGCACCAUGACUGCCUGCACCACCCAUCAGCCACUGCGGCCAGCCAGCUGCAGCGUGGCAAGACCAAAGGCCCCGCCUCCAUGUCCAACAACGCCUCCCAUAUAGCCUACCUGGAAACGCACCCUUACAAACCAAUCAGCACAGAGGAGAUGGAAAAGGCUAAAGCGCUGCUGGCAGCAGAAAUGGAUGUGGUGAAGGUGGGAAUGGGCCACGGCGAUCUUAGCAUGGAGGCCUACAGCCAGGUGUGGGAGGAGUGCUACGGACAGGUUUUGUAUCUGCCGAGUCAGAACCGGUACACCAGAGCCAACCUGGCCUCAAAGAAAGACAGAAUUGAGAGUCUGGAGAAGAAACUCGAGGUGAAUCGUAGUCACAUGACAGCAGAUGCCCGGCGAGCGGCCAAACUGGAGAAGAAACUCAAAAUCCUACUUGGUGGAUUUCAGUCCAGAGCGCUGGGUCUCCUAAAGCAACACAAUGAACUGUGGGAGCAGGUGGAGCAAGCAGCUAUGGAGCUCCAGACAUUCACUCAGCUGAAGCACCAAGAAGAUAUGGCGAUUCCCAGGAGGCACGAGAGUCUGCGGGAGGAUGUGGAGCGGCAGAUGGAGCGAGAACGAGAGCUUCAGCAGAGAUAUGCAGAGCUGCUGAUGGAGCGAGAGUCGCUGCUCAACGCCACUCAGAAAUACUGACAACAAACUCUUUCCACAUGCUUAUAAUGUCAUCGUAUAAAAAAACCCAUGUGUCCAUUCAGAGCUGAAAUCUGAGCUAGACCCCUUGACCUUCUGUCAGUGAUCACAGGCUGAGUUUUGAGCAUGUUCAGCCGCCCUCUGUAACCGUGACCAAUAAAGAUUCUUCCAAACUGAA